AUGAUCUGGGCCGUGCUCUCGGCUUUAUGUUCCUUGUUGACUCGUUACAAAGGUUUCAAGGAGGGUCAUAAAAGAAUCCUUGUUGCAACUGAUUUAGUUGGAAGAGGAAUUGAUAUUGAGCGUGUCAAUAUUGUUAUCAACUAUGACAUGCCGGAUUCUGCUGACACUUACCUCCACCGGGUGGGCAGAGCUGGUAGGUUUGGCACCAAAGGGCUUGCAAUCACGUUUGUUUCUUCUGCAUCUGACUCUGAUGUUCUUAACCAGGUUCAAGCAAGGUUUGAAGUCGAUAUAAAGGAACUUCCGGAGCAAAUUGAUACUUCAACAUAUAGUAUGAUCUCUUCUUGCUUGCUAAUGCUAUUCUUUUACUUGAAUCAUUUUCUGGUGGUAGCUCGAGCUGGUUCUAAUGCCUGAGUUUUGGAAUGCCACAAGUUACAAUGAUGCUGUAAUCAAACCAACACCUCCCCCCAAAAAAAAAACCAACAAAAAAAAAAGGGUAAAAAAAGCUGACAAAAAAGAGAUGCACACGUGUAAAAAAUAUGUACAUCGAUAAUGUGAAACAAACAGAAAGAGUAGUGUAAUGGUCCCAACCUGUGAGCCGAAAGGGGAAUACUUGUGCAAAGUUAUGUUUGGUAGCAACAUAAUUCUGAAUAAAUGACACCAAUAAUACCAUAUUGUGGACGGAUUGACGGUUUAGUGGUUGGGGGUGGUCUGAAGACUCUGAACUCCAGAGAAAAGCUCAAUAGACAGAAAUCAUUAGGGAGGGGAUAAAGUGGGGUAGGAAUUCUUUCCAUUGUUGGUGUGAACAAAACCA